AUGGAAGAUAAAGAUUCGUUUUAAAAAUAAGAAAAUUAAUAAUAAAAUUAAAAUGACCUUUAAAAAAAUCAAGAUAAUGAAGAACAAAAAAAUUUAAAUCAAAAUUUAUUAAGAAAAUAACUUUAAUUAGGUUCAAAAGAAAAUACAUUACUUUCUAAAGAUUGGAAAUUUUGGAAAACUCAACCAGUUGUUUAAUUCGAUGAAGAUUAAACCUAAAAAAGUGGACCAAUUGAUCUUCCAAAAGAAGUCAAAGACAUCAGAUAAGAACCAUAUAAUAUUCCAACUGGAUUUGUAUGGAGUGAUUUGAAUUUAGAAGAUUCUAAUGAUUUGGAUUAAUUAUACACAUUAUUAGUAGAAAACUAUGUAGAAGAUGAUGAUAAUAUGUUUAGAUUUGAUUAUUCACGAGAAUUUUUGAAAUGGGCAUUAACCCCUCCAGGACAAUACAAAGACUGGACAGUAGGAGUUCGAGUAUAAAAAACUGGAAAAUUAGUAGGCUUUAUAUCCGGAAUCCCAGUAACAGUAAUAGUUGAGCAAAAAGAUAAAAUAAAGAUGACAGAAAUAAACUUUUUAUGUGUAAAUAAAAAGCUUAGAAGUUAAAGAUUGGCUCCAGUAUUAAUAAAAGAAAUAACAAGGAGAGUAAAUAUUAAAAAUAUGUGGUAAGCCAUAUAUACUGCAGGUGUAGUUAUUCCAAAACCAGUUUCUUAUGCUACAUAUUACCAUAGAUCUCUUCAUCCAAAGAAAUUAAUUGAAAUUAAUUUUAGUAGUUUAGGAAAAAAUUAAACUAUUGCAAGAGUACAAAAAUUGUAUAAACUUCCAGAAGAAACUAAUAUUCCAGGAUUAAGAGAAAUGAAGAAAAAAGAUAUUGGAUAAGUUACUGUUUUAUUGAAUACUUAUUUAAAAAAGUUUAGUUUAUAUAAUGUAUUUACAGAAGAAGACAUAAAACAUUAUAUGAUUCCUAUCCCUAAUGUAAUUUAUAGUUAUGUUGUAGAAGAUAAAAACAAAAAAGUAACUGAUUUCUUUAGUUUCUAUAGCUUACCUUCUACUAUUAUCAAACAUCCUAAACAUAAUACACUAAGAGCUGCUUAUUCUUAUUAUAAUGUUGCAACUGUAACUCCUUUAACUCAACUUAUUGAAAAUGCUUUAAUUUUAGCAAAGAAAUAUGAUUUCGAUGUAUUUAAUGCUUUGAACCUUAUGGAUAAUCAAAACUUUUUGGAAGAAUUGAAAUUCAGUCCAGGAGAUGGUAAUUUACAUUACUACUUAUAUAACUGGAGAAUAGGUAACAAAAUGGAGGCUAAUUAAUUAGGAAUGGUUCUUGUGUGA